UUUUCCAGAUCGGCUCUCUCUUUGUGAUAAUGUCGGCCGAAUAUGAGGAUCGAUCCAGAGACAAUGGCCCCGAGGGCAUGGAACCGGACGGUGUCAUUGAGAGCAACUGGAAUGAGAUUGUGGACAGCUUUGAUGACAUGAACCUCCGCGAGGCCCUGCUGCGGGGGAUCUAUGCGUAUGGGUUCGAGAAGCCCUCUGCCAUUCAGCAGCGAGCCAUCCUCCCUUGUAUCAAGGGUUACGAUGUCAUUGCACAGGCCCAGUCGGGCACGGGGAAAACCGCCACCUUCGCCAUCUCGAUCCUGCAGCAGAUCGACACAGAACUCAGGGGCACCCAGGCCCUGGUCCUGGCCCCUACCAGAGAGCUGGCGCAGCAGAUCCAGAAGGUGAUACUGGCUCUUGGUGACUACAUGGGUGCCACCUGCCACGCCUGCAUUGGGGGCACCAACGUGCGGAACGAGGUGCAGAAGCUGCAGGCCGAGGCCCCCCACAUUGUAGUGGGAACCCCGGGCCGAGUCUUCGACAUGCUCAGCCGCAAGUUCCUCUCUGCCCGGUACAUCAAGAUGUUUGUGCUGGAUGAGGCCGACGAGAUGUUGAGUCGAGGGUUCAAGGACCAGAUCUACGAGAUCUUCCAGAAGCUGGGCUCUGAGACACAGGUGGUUCUCCUGUCUGCCACAAUGCCUCAGGAUGUGCUUGAGGUUACCAAGAAAUUCAUGCGUGAGCCUAUUCGCAUCCUGGUCAAGAAGGAGGAGCUGACCCUCGAGGGUAUCCGGCAGUUCUACAUCAACGUGGAGAAGGAGGAGUGGAAACUGGACACCCUGUGUGACCUGUACGAGACCCUGACCAUCACUCAAGCCGUCAUUUUCAUCAACACACGCCGGAAGGUAGACUGGCUCACAGAGAAGAUGCACGCCAGGGAUUUCACGGUUUCCGCCCUGCAUGGAGACAUGGACCAGAAGGAGAGGGACCUCAUCAUGAGGGAGUUCCGCUCCGGCUCCAGUAGAGUCCUCAUCACCACUGACCUUCUCGCCAGAGGUAUUGAUGUGCAGCAGGUGUCGCUGGUCAUCAACUACGACCUGCCCACCAAUCGGGAAAACUACAUACACAGGAUUGGCCGAGGGGGUCGUUUCGGCAGGAAAGGUGUGGCCAUCAACAUGGUCACGGAAGAUGACAAGCGCACGCUGCGGGACAUCGAGACCUUCUACAACACCACCAUUGAGGAGAUGCCCAUGAACGUAGCUGACCUGAUCUAGAGCUGGAGAGCGAACGCCUGUUGACACCCUGAAUUCCCAUGAAAUAAUGUUCAUACAGGUGAAGAGCACCUGGACCUGCCCCAUGUUCCCAUUCCAUCUCAGCUGCUUGUAGCAGCCCUCCCCUCGAACCCAGCAGAGCCCCACUUUGGUGACUCCCACUUGGCAUCUACACUGUAAUGGAUGGAUGGAAUUACCAGCUGAAUGCUGAGAGGGAAGGUCACUUGAUAUUUUGUGUUUAUAUAUAUAUAAAUAUAAAUACAUUCCCCUGUAUUCUUAUGAUGAGACCAUAGCCCUUUUAUCUCACAUUACACUUUACCCUGGUAGCAUGUUAGUAUUUUAGUGGCCAAGACGCAAAUUACGUCACUGUGAGAAGGGGUGUUCUUAUCAAUUUGAGUGUUCAAAUGACAUCUUGUUUCAUAGUUUAGAAAUUCUAGUCAAGUGAUGGGUUUCACACACUUAUAUUCUCAGAUGCUCCAUUGUGCAGUAAAAGACAGUAAAUGGGGUAUAACUUCUGUAUCCUACCUCAACAAAUAACGUUGGAGGUGGUCUUAUGUGAGGACCAAAUGGCUAAUGAUUGAGUGUUUAUUAGAUGAUUAUGACUUCUGAGUUUAAAAAGUUUGCCUGUCUCUUUGCCUGGGGGGGAGGGGGUUUUUUUGAACUGAAAUGAAAUGUUGUUACAUUUUAACCUUUUUGAGACAG